GGCUGGGCUGGCUGGGAACCGGCAGCCCCUCCUCUUCCUUCUCCCUCCUCCUCUUCCUCUCCCUCGCUCCCGGCCAGCCGCCUUUCCUGGGAGGGGGCGAGACAGGCGCAGAGCCCGCAGGCCCCCUGGCCGCAAGCGAUGGGCGACAUUCCUGGCCUCGUGAAAAUCAGCGUCUCCCUCAAAAUCCAGCCCAACGACGGAGCCGUCUAUUUCAAGGUGGACGGUCAGCGCUUCGGCCAGAACCGCACCAUCAAGCUGCUGACCGGGGCCAAGUAUAAAAUCGAGGUGUCACUCCGACCCGGCACCGUCCAGGCCACAACUAUGGGCAUCGGCGGCGUCAAUGUCCCACUGGAAGAAAAAUCACGGGAUGCACAAGUGGCCUCUUACAUAGGGAUCUAUGACACAGAAGGGGUGCCCCAUACCAAAAGUGGGGAGAGACAGCCCAUCCAAGUCAACAUGCAGUUUAAUGACAUUGGCAUUUUUGAGACAGUCUGGCAAGUCAAAUUCUACAACUACCACAAACGGGAUCAUUGCCAAUGGGGAAACAGCUUUGGCAGUAUUGAGUACGAAUGCAAACCAAAUGAAACACGCAGUCUCAUGUGGAUCAAUAAAGAGACCUUCCACUGAAGAGAUGGAAAGCCAAUACUGCUGGACAAUCUCCCUAAAAAAAAAAAAAUCUACCUUUUUAAACCAGCAAGAAGCCUUAACAAAGGCAUACUGUAACACUGCUUUGUCCAUAAGGUUCCAACAACUACAUUGUAUAUACAGGUGGUGCCACUAAAAUAUUUGCCUAUUACUGUAUUUUAAGUUUACCAUGGCAUCUGCAACAUUCUUUAUCUGUCACCUGAAGAAUACUGAAAGGUUCAUGGUAAAGAAUAUCUGAUAGCUGGGUAGGAAGUCAUAUCAUAAUACUGUUGUAAGUAUUUGGUUUAUUCUGAUUAGAUGUAACAACUUUUGUGAAGGGUUUUCUUCAUUGCUUAGAAUUUGGAUUAACAUCACAUUGGUGAUUUCUGUAUUUACAUUUGUGUUUGCUCCAAAAUUGGUGUGUUCCUUCAUGCAUUUUGCUGUACUGUCCUCCCAGUGGACACCAAAAAUUAAAAAUAUCGUUAUUUGUAGAUUUAGCUAAAUGGCAGCUAAUGCACUGUUGGUAUUGUGCUUUCAUACCAAGGGAUUUGGGAACUCAUUUUCCCUUUUGUUAAGUGCUGUAAGAUAUUCUGUGAAGUUUGCUAAUUUAGCAAAUCUCUCAAAGAGGAUUUUUUGUUAAGUUUCCCAGUGUUUGAAAUAGCAUUAGGAAAUGGUAUAAAACAUGACAAAGGAAGAGGAAUAAAUCAGUUGUGCUAUCCAAGAAAUCUAACAACAUGGCUAAGACCUAUCUUAAGAUCAUAUAGUAUCCUUGAGAGAUACAGCAGCCAUACUUAAUUUAGUUUUUAGAGUAAGAGUUCUGAUAUUAAACUCCAUUUUUAUUUUAAUGGCACUUUACUGAAAUCAGUUAAGUCUUACAAAUCAACAUUUUCAAGCCUGACCUCUGUAUUAAUUGGCAAGAUUUCUGACCAACACUCAGAAGGGCACAGAUCCCAGUGCAUGUUUAUACAUGCAUUGCACUCUUUCAAAUAAAGAUAAGCUUGUAAGCAUUUGCAUAGUUUAUAACUAAAGAUGCUUCAUAAACACUAGAUCAGUGUUUAACACAGACAACACAAAACAGACAUAUCUUUUAUUUCAGUAAAGACAGGGAAGCAAGGAAACAACUACACUUGUCCCAUCCCCAGCUUGGGUUGAAGUAAGCUGUCAGUUCCUGCAUAUCUGUUAUUCCCUUUGUGAAUAAUUUGUAAAUUGUGUAUGUAAAUGAUAAACAUGAAUUUUGAUCUUUAUAAUAAAGGACCUAAACAAUUUCUUCUUUACUAUGGCCAUCCAAAUGAGCUGAAAACACUGUGUAAAAAAAGGCAGUGGUUUUAGAGAAUCAGACAGCAGGGGGUAUGUAGCCAGUGCUUUCUGAGAAUACAGUCCAAAGUACCAUACAUUCUUCACCCAAAGCUACUGUUUCUAGGAAACAGAUCCAGUGCUAAAAUGCAGAUGAUAACACUCUGUAGAACGUAUUAAUAUGCAGUCAGUUCCAGUAAUAUAGUGUGAAAAGUAAAGGUUUAGGACAGAAUUGAAUUAGCAAAGAAAUAUUUUCUUCCACUGAAUUAUUAAUCAAAAUGCUUUACUAGUUGCAGAUUGCUACAGCCAAAAGAACUGACAGUGGCAUUGAUGUAAUACAUCCCAGGAAUGGUGAGCUAGCCAGAUCAAUCUCCACUCUAAGGCAACAUUAUAUGGGCAAAUUUUACUCCAAUUAAAAUCUAGAAAUAAUCUUCUCCAUUAACUUCUUUCCUAGACUUUUCCUAGAAAGAAUUCUUCAAAAUGGAAAAAACUGACCAAAUUGAAAUCUGCACUUCAGACAGAAGUGCUAUUGCCAGCAUUUUAGCAGAAGUUUCCAGAUAAGACACUUUAAUGAUUCUAGACUUCCAGCUGUGAAUCAAUUCUGUCUCUACAUUGCUAGAAAAGUGAUUUUAUUCUGAAAUAAUUUGCAUACUUUGCUUUAUUUUGUUGGUACAUAUGAACACGUAUGAACACUGGCACACUGGCAAGAAAUACAUGUGACACAUAAAUUCACAAACUUCUGUCCUAGUAAAAAACAUAUAAGACCCACAGUGUCCUAGCUCUGCAGCAUUUAAGAAGUGCUUUAAUGAAUAAAUCCAGCUGAUCCUGGCACAGGAGGAUUGUUAUUCUCAGUCAGCUGGAAGUAUACCCUUUCGAAGGCAAAUUCUUAUGCCCGCAUUAAUGGCAAAUAGGCAAAUGCCCCAAAUAGGGCAUCUCUUCACUUACAACCUAGCAGGUCCUGCAGCAAUACAGUUCAGAGGAUGCUCAAGAAAAAGGCUGCAGAGGAAGUGAGUUGCUUUUAAAAGGAAAGAGAGAACAGCAAGAGCAACUGUGUUGUAUAGGUCCCAUAUCCUAAGACGAACACUGCACCCCUUUCAUAGCAGCAGGGAUUGAAAGGAUGAGAAUUGGUUAAUCACUUCUCUGGGGAAGGUGCAAAUGGCAUUUAUCAGCUCUUAUAUCCUUCUCCCUGAGGUGAGGUUUAAGCAUACAGAAAUGUGAUUUGCAUUGUUCUUAAAUAGAGGAUUAUUCAUGUGCUAUUGGUUGAAUAUCUACACCACCAGCUCUGAUACUCCAUGCAUGUAAAACAAAAUGGUCCAAUCAACUUCCUUUUGCUCAUCAAGUGCUUUGCUAACAAAGUAAACAUUUUCUCCCAAUAAAGGAGACCCAAGACUUCUGCAGCUCCCUGGGAAGUAAUGUUUUGAAUUUCUUUCAUCCAGGACAGCUCUGUUGAAUAUUCAUAGAAUUUGAGUCACUACAAAACUGUUGCUGUGACAGUUUGAUGCAUUAUUCAAUCAGCAGCAUUUAAAUCUCCAGGCAAUUUUUUUCUUUACGCAGGUUUUUCUAAUUAAUAUUUCCAUUUUUAUACAGAACUCCAAAAUUCAGGAUACAAUACACUAGGAUUAAAUACAUAUGUCAGAAAACGCUGAGAAUGUGUCAAUCCAGCUGAAACUGCAAAGCACUAAUAACUGGAGGUUUUAUAAAUUAAAGACUUCAAGAUUUUUGUCAUGAAGUGUCCAGCUGUCAUUUUCAUAAGAAAAAUGAAAUGAACAUUCCAAAUCUUUGUGUCAGUUUUUCAUCUAUAUUUAGAGGUAGCAGAUAGCUCUUUGAUAUUGCUUAGUAACAGGAUUCAAAAACAAGUUAUUAGUCUUGAUUAUUAGUUGUGAUCCUGCAUAGGGCUUGUAUUAGAUUUUUAGAUUUUGCACAGUGCUUUGUGUUUAGUGUAGCUACUACAGGCUUUGGUAUUUUCUACCAUCUGACUGUAUAUGAAACAGAAAUAAUACACCUCAAGUUUCCAUGCUCUACUUUCAUAUGGUAAAGAGGUUUUUGCUGGCUUCAGCUGAGGCUCUGUCCAUUGGUUUGCAAAUGCAGUGACCCUUACUGAUUCCAGACUAGCAAGGAAUCAGAAGACCUAAUUUAUAAAAUUCUUUGUAUUCUUCUGUACAAUAAAGGUGUAAGUUUUGUAAUACAAGGCUUUUGCAUGCCAGCAGAGGUUCUGUUUCACCUGGUUAAAAGCACUGCCCUCACUUUCUGUGUAAAAUAUUGAUGUAUGUGCUUGUGUUCCGUUCUUCUAAAGCCUCAUGCAAAGCUUUGAUUAAACAAGGAUGUGGCACGUUGUAAAUGCUAACCUCUUUUUGAGAUCUGAAACAAAUGCUAUGACUUUGAAAUUUCAAAGCAGUGGGCAUUGCCUUAAUAGCUAUGUCAAAGCACAAAGCAGCAGUAUAAUGAGUCUUAAAACAUUCAUGUUUUCCCUUAACUGCAAAGCUCACAAGCGAUGACUUGCAAAGUUCCCUUUAGUGUAGCUAAUCUGGACCUUUGGCCAGGAGAGACUCACUCCUGCCCAUAGGCCUUCCCUGCUGCAUGCUUGGCAGCUUCCACCAGCAUUCCUUGAACUGCUUCCUUUUCCCCCUCUCCUGGAUACCAGAAUUUAAGGCUUCAAAUCUCUGUAAGCCUUGGCUUUUAGCAUUAGGAAGACAAGGUGGCAUCAUGCUAGGAAGAGACAAAACAGUUCUGUCUGCAUAAUUUCUCUGUCUCUACCGUAAGGUUUUCUGAGUUCUUCCACUGCAGUCAUUGGAGUUUGUAAUCUUUUGACCCACAGUGAAUUGCAUUAUGAGCCCAUAGACACAAACAGAUCUCCAUUGGGGACACGGCUUAAAAGCAAUGACAGACAGCCUCUUCAUCAAUUUUUGUGCUAAAAACCAUUAAAUUUUAAAAAAUAAUUCAUAGCAGCAUGUCUGCAUUGACCAAGUAUAAGGCUCUGAUAUUGUUUGUCCUUACUUAGACAAACUUGAGUCUUGAAGCUGCUAUCCAUGUACAAGUGCUUUGCAUGCUCCCUGUAACACCUUUCUUUCCCUCCCCCAGAGAACUGGCUCUCCUACUUCCUUUAUUCUAAUAGUGAGGAACAGCCUGGUGUCCCAUCUAGGAUCUGCAGCCUUUGAACAAUCCUGGGAGAAGAAAUUAUAAACAAUCAGUGGAUGAUGAUGAAGGCAGGAACUGCAUGUAGUGGUUAACUGGACCUUCUGCUCAUUCCCAGCACAGUAAAGACAAAGUUAGGAGCCUGCUGUUACAAGAGUGACUGUGAAUGUGACAACAUUGUUAGUAAUAUCGACAUGAAACUACAAUGUAUGUGCCACAGGGACCAAAAGUUCUCAGAAAUUUGAACUGAAUCUUUAUGAGUUUAGUAUGGACCCCAGAGGGUCUGCAAACAAGUGGCAGUAGUGCAGUAUCACAACAUACACUCUUUUCUGACUGUGAUGAAGAUACUCUCCUGCUCACUAAGUUGCUAUGCCAACAGAUUCACCUAAAGCAAUUCCACAGCUCAGACUUAUUGGAGAAAACAAGCUGUGGCCAAUUCCGUGCAUAGAAUACAUAGUCUGAGUUGGUGCUUUUUUUUUAUUUGUUGGUUGUUGGAGUUUUUUUAAAUUAACUUCUUUAAUUAAUUUUCACUUCUGGUUUCUGAGACAUCUCUGACUAAAGAUGUUACAUGUAAGCUGAGCAAAUGUAUUAAACACCAG